AUGAAUAUUCUGAAGACCCUAAAUUGGUGUGCUGGUAAAGGUGGGAGUAAACUUUAUGACUCGCCUGCUGAACUUCAGCACGGUAGUAAUGUUUCGGAUCUGUCUAUCGUGACGACUGAGGGAGAUUAUUUCUCUCUUAAGUGUGACUUGGUUGAUUUGCUGUCAACAUCACUUAUUAAUGAGUUUGAUCCUACAAACAGAAAGCUAUUGGGAGUACUGAUUGACAAAUGCGUUGAGAAGGAUCCCGAAUUCAUUCUCAAAAUCUCCCUUUAUUUCCAUAAACUGUUAAAUAUUCGAAGGACAGCCAAUCUGUUAGUUUCGAUAGCUUGUUUUUAUGUGCAGUGCCGCGUUUUCAUAAAGAAGUAUUUUAAUGCAUGCAUUUGUACACCCUUCGAUUGGAUAGAAGUUGCCGAGUGUUAUGCCUCGUUGAGCGGUGAUCCUAAACUUAGAGGAAUGCCAAAAGCAUUGAGAAAGUGUAUGGUCUCCAAGUUUUGUGAAUUUGAUCAGAAUCAGCUAGCUCAAUGCAAGCGAAGGUUGAAUGGUGUCUGCUCUAAUAAGUGCAAGGUCAGUGAAAAAGGUGCAGGUGAUGCAGUAGUGGGUGCCGUAACAGACACUUUACAAUCAAGGCUAGUAGAUCCUUCUCCGAUUCAUUUUACGUUGAAGAAACUCGUUCGUAAGUUGCAUAUAUCGAAUCCUGCGUUAAAUGUCAUGUGUAUUCUUGAAAAAUCGUAUCCCAAUGAUGCCACUACCUUUUCAAAAAUGAGGUUAGAGGGGGAUUGGGAUGCUAGUAAAGCUGGUGUAUGCAUGAGACUCCCCUUUCACUCAAAAUGGAGAGUGGAGUUAACUGCUGGAAAAAGUCGUGACGCUUGGACAAAGAUUAUAACGUCUGGUGAUCUUUGUCAUGAAUUAAUUCUGAGAAAUCUAAAAAGUAUCCUAUGCUCACACAUUUCUCAAACUGGACAUGAUAUUGUUUUACAGAGAUUGUCAAAUGUGGAAUUGGUCAUUGAAGGAAAACAAUUGCCAUUUGUUUAUCUUACAGCGUAUAUAGCUGUUGAGAAACUUCAUGAUAUGCUAUCUAUGACUGCGAAUCGUAAACGCCUAAAAGACAUCCGUGUAGAAGAAAGCAACAAAAUUCGAUCCAAGUACCUUUAUAGAUCCAGGAAGUCUAGAGUAAGAUCUUUGAACAUUAGUAAGGAGCUAUUGAACAAAUACCUAUUAGCUUUAACUAAAGCUAUGAGCUUGUCAGCUCGUUACAAUUUAUCUCCUAUACGUUGUUCAGUUUUGGUUAUUUGUUCUUUAUGCUCAGGAUUUGAGCUUCAAAAAAUUAGGAGAUCUACUAGAGUGAAAGCUAUCAUAAAUGUGUUAAGCUUUAUUUAUGGUGCAAUAUGCAAUGCAAUAUGUGAAAAUGCAGUCGUUUAUUUUGUAGUGGAUAAUGACUAUAAUGUCGCUUCCAUUAAUAGAAUGUUAUUACUGUUAUAUGGUUCACUAUGGCACACAGAGGAAAAUAAAAAAGACACAUCAUUGUUUCGAUCAACAAACCUACCAUUAAUGGAUAAGAUAAAACUGAUUUAUAAAUAUCGUAAAUCAUGGGAAAAAUUUUCCUUAUCAUUAAUACUGGAUAGGUUUAGUGCAUUUCGCAAAGAGUUUGAUAAAGUCAUUGUAUUUGGAGAUUGCCCUGACAGCAUUGCAAAAUAUGUUGUGAAUUACCGAGCAAACAUUGGUCCCAUCAAAGCUAUUUGGAAUAAUCUUAGUGGGAACGAUAAAUGGUGCACUUCAUUCCCAAUGACGGGAUGGAUUGAAUCAAAAGGAUUAGUAGAUAGUGUCUUCAAAUAUUUAUCGUUACCGGAUGACAAAUGUUUAGUAGAACAAAUCGAUAAAAUUGAUGAAACUUACCAACUGAAUUCCAUGUUCGACCUGCCUCUUCAAGUGAACGUAUCAAGUGAACAACAAGGUUAUAAUAAACUUUCUCAAAUGAGAUCAACUCAAGACAAUUUCUGCCGCGUGUAUAUAUCAUCAUCUUACAUGGACAUGCAUGCGGAACGUGAUCUGAUUUACCAUACUUUAGUGCCAAAUUUGUGUCAAAAUGUUGCACAAACAUGCAGUACUUGCAUUGAUCUAGUUGAUCUACGUAUUGGUGUUCCUGAAACAAUUACCUGUAGUCUUAUGGCUUUGGAAAUGUAUUUGAAACAAGCAGCCGCCUCUGAUAUAUUUGUUUUGUUAUUGGGUGCCAAAUAUGGUUGGGUUCCCGAUGAAUCGCUAGUUAGAGCAUUGCCUGAUUCACUUUUAGCUGAAGUCAAUAAAUUUUACAAGCCUGGAAUGUCUGUCACAGAAAUGGAAUAUCAUAUGGUGAAACUAGCUGCCGUAAAUAAAUUGUCCAGAACAGGUUUCAGCAUGUUUCCUUCUAGAAUGUUUGUAUUCAUUCGAGAUUUUAACACAAGUGAUAUACCGAAUGAAUAUGGACAAAUAUUUCGUGAUCACGAUCCAGUCAAUCUUCAUCACCUCGAUGCGUUCAAACAACUCUUACUGAAUGAUGGAGUUUCUAUCCUCAGUUAUUCUGCUCAAUUCAUUGGUGUAAUUGAUGACCGUCCGAUGGUGGGAAAUCUAGAUAACUUUGCAAGUCAAUUUCUAUCAACACUAGAAUCAACACUCAAGAGAUUAUAUUAUAACCCUGUAAACGACGCUUUUAAACUGCCAAUGGUUACGUCAUCUGAUGAUAAUGAUGAACUGAUAAAUAUUUCAGAAUUUUUUGCAACUUAUGUAAAUCCAAUAGCUUGUGAUAUAUCACCACGACAUUUGUUAAAUAUACAACAUGCCUUUAAAACAAUGACUGGACAAUGUGUUCCGAUAUAUUUCACUGGUCAACAUAUAAAAUCUGAUGAAUCCUCAAGUACAACUUCUAAAAAAAAGAGAAUUGAAGAUAGAACAUCAAAUUAUCAAAACAAAAGUGGAGAGAUUUUAGUCAUUACUGGAAGUCCUGGAAGUGGAAAAACUGUUCAUCUGGCUGCAUUAGCAAUGUCGUUGGCUAAAAGUGAUCAUCAGUCUACUUUGAUGAGUUCUGAAGAUUGUACUCGAUCAACAAGUACCACACGGAAAUCAAUCUCAAACAGUCAAUCAUUGGCAAAGUAUCAAAUUUUAAUUCAUUUUACCAGUGGUAUACCAAGUACAGGUUUACCGUCGUGUAAACAAUUGUCUAAAGUGCUUGAUCAUUGGAUCAAAUGUCUAGCUGCCCAGUUACAGAAUUUAUUCAGUUCAUCAAAUAUUCUUAAAAUGUUUCUUUCGAAGAUCAAAGUUAAUUUGAAUAGCGCAAAUACAGCAAAUGAUCACCAUAAUCUGAAAUUGAAAAUGCUUUGUUUUAAUAAAAUGAUAUGGUUUUUGGGUUAUAUACCUGAAUUGAAUUAUGCUUUUCUAAUUGACGAUGUAGACCAUCUUGAUCCGUUGAUAUUAGACGAUUGGCUACCAUCAGUCUUACCAAAAAAUGUUCAGUUCAUUUUUACAUGCGAAUCUAAUUCGAAAAUCAUACAAAAAUUAACAUGUCAAUAUGACAACAAAACUUGUUCAGUGUAUCAGAUACCCCAGUUAACUUCUGAAGAAUGUCGUUCUGUUAUAUUGUCUCAUUUACAAAGUAAUGGAGUGUCUUGUGUUCCUUCUCAAUUGGAAUAUGAGAUCGCUGUACUAAUUUCAGCUUGUGAGUCAAAUAAUCCAUCGUAUUUCUAUAUGGUUUGUAAAUAUCUACAAUUAUGUGGAACUCAUGAUGAGGUGAAAUCUCAUCUGAAAAUGUUAUCUGGCACAAUUGAUCAGUUAAUAGAUCAGAUUAUCAAAAAUCUUGAAGGUGAAUAUAAAAACGACUUGAUUAUUGCAACACUGGCUUUUUUAAUCUUUUAUCGUCAUUCAUUAUCAAGUAAAGAACUUUUAAUUCUUCUGAAUGAAUGGCUUAUUACUACACAAAAUAUUAAUGAAAAAUCAAUUGAAAUCAAUUGGGAGAAUAAUCCAUGGAAAAUGCUUUCUAUCAUCCAGGAUAAACCGAAUGAUUUACAAUCUAUAUGUAUACUUGAAAGUAAUAUUAACCGGUUUAUUCUAUCAAAACAUUCAAACCAAUUAAAACAAUUACAUUUAACUCCAUUUACAUUUCAUAUUCUUCUUAGUAGAUUACAUCCAUUAAUGAUUAUAUUCAAUAAGUCAUUACAUUGUUUCAAUAAUACAUUCAAUGAUAAUAAUAAUAAUAAUAAUAAUGUUAUCUCAUCUGAAAAGAUGACAUUAAAUAAGAAAAUUGAAUUAUGGAAUUUAGGUGCAGAGAAUUUAUCAUUUCUAAGUCAUUCCAUUGAAAAAGUAGUAUUCAAUAAAUUUUUUGAAAACCAUGGAAAUUAUAUGUACUCAGAGUAUACGUUUAAUACUACUAUUCAUAAAAUACUGGCUAUUGUUUGUUCGGAUUUAGAUGAUAAACUAUAUCAUUUUCUGUAUGCUGAUGAAUUGGAUAUUAUUUGUCAUUUGCUCACUAGCCCCAUGUUUAUAUGCAGAAUUUUAAGAGAUUAUCCGUCAACAUUGAUGAAAUUUCUCAAUGGAUAUCCUACGAAUGAUCGAUGUAUACAAGAAAAGUGGAAAAGGAAACUAGAAUCAUGUCCUUUCGGUGACAAAAUUGAUGCGAUGAACAAGUUUAUUUGUGUAAACUAUGAGUUUUUAGUAAAAUAUCCAAAUUCGUUUUGCGAAUUAGCUAUCAACCAAGAUUCCAGUGAAUGGAUCCAUACGUUAGGCCUCUCAUUGUUGUAUCUUAAUGAUUUCGGUGUACAAAGUCAAUUAGACAUUAACAAUAGUCAAAUACUCUUCCGUGUAAAUUUAUCAAAAUGCACUCUGAUUAAACCUAUGCAGAGGAAUAUGAUAUAUAAACCGAUUGUAACUUCAAAUGGUUCCAUGGAUGUGCCAACAUCUGUGGAAAUGAAUUCAGCUGCCAAAGUAUUGGUGUAUGGAACUAGGUGUGGUACGAUCACUUUCGUAGAAUUGUCCACUCUACGUGAACUGUGGUCAUUAACUGGACACCAUUCAAGCGUUCAAAGUUUAUGUUUCCUUGAGGAAUUUCCCAGUAAAUCUGAAGACGUAAAAUCUCCCAAAAAGUUCAUUUCAGAACUUUGGUUGAUGAGUGCUUCAGAGGAUGGUGAUAUUUUUAUCUGGGAUGCGUCUACUGUGACUCACAAUGUUGAAUAUAAUGUGCAUGAUAAAACAGUGAUUUCACAAUUGGCAUCGUUAUGUGGAUAUCAUCGUCGAUGUGUAACUACUUCUGCAUGGCAUCCAAGACGUCAACUGGUUGCUACCGGUGACUUAGACUGUAUGGUGUACUUAUGGGAUGUUUCACAAAUUGAUGUUAAAUCCAGUGAGCUAUCGACAAGUGUCUGUUCUGUAAAGCUUCACCCAUUUAAGUCAAUAAAUGUAUCCAGUCAUCCUAUUGUUUCGAUUGCAUUCCGAUUACCAUCUGUUCUAAACAAUAAACAAGAAGACUUAAUACAUGAUGAUUUGGCUAUAGGAUGUUGGGAUGGUACAAUACAUUUCUACAAUUUGUCUUCCUUAUCUAUUGUGAGGUCACUAUCUGCAUCAACGUCACUCUGUUCACUUGCCUACUCACCAAAUGGUGGGAAUAUAUUAGCAACGUUUAAUAAAGAUGGUGAAUUAAUGCUGUGGAAUGAUGAUAUACUUUGGUAUGAAGGUGGUGUAAUACAAGAAUAUUCUUGUUAUUCAUCUGAAUAUUUCUUAUUUGAUCAAACUGAUGUAUUAAUUCCAAACCAAUAUGGGAAAAUAUGCUUUUCGAAACCAAAUGGUCAGUACAUUUUCCAGUCAGGUGGUGGCCAAUUCUUGAAUAAUUAUAUUAAUAUUUGGGAUACUAGACUACGGGCGACCUAUGGUCCAUGGAUUGAUGUAAAACCGCCUCAAAUAGAUUCAGGAAAUUGUAUGUAUGUAACUUAUGUGGCAAUGUUGCCUUCUACUGAACAUGUUUUAAUAGGUUGGAAUAACGGCGAUCUGACUGUUAUUCAUACGUACGAUGGUAGAUUAAUUCAUUAUUUGAAAGCAGCAACAGAAGAUAAUUCACCUAUCCAGUGUAUUACAAGUAGUUGUGCAAGAUCUUAUUCAGCAUUUAAUGCAUAUCAUAUUAUUGUUGGUUAUGCAUCUGGCGCUGUACGAAUAUUUUUAUGCCAUUUAAGACCAAAAAUCAGUCCACACAAAGGUCGUUAUGUGUAUCAGUCGACAAAUGCAAUGUCAGAGCUUCAAUUCCAACUCAUUGAUACUUUAUGGUCACAUCCUAUAAAUCAUAAUGUGAAUGGUGGGGUGCAGGAAAAUGGAGGGACAUUGUGUGUUGCAAGUUCCUUCUGUGUAGCUGUUACUGGAGGUGGGAAUGCUGAAACAUGGGUUCAUUUUAUUGGUCGACAAACUGGUAGUAAAAUUAAGAAGUCUGUAUGCUUGAAGGAACACAAUUCUGCAGUAAUCGCUGUUAGUAUGGAAAGCAAAUUUUUUGUGACAGCUUCUAAAACCAGACAAUUGGCGUUGUAUAAGUUCAAUCCAUUAGAACGAACUGUAACCUUAUGGCAUUUAAUCAAUGAUGUUGGAACAGCUACAAUCACUUCUUUCUAUUUACUACGUAUGUUCAUUGGUGUGAAGACAAUCAGUAUAUCGGUGUAUAUUGGUGAUAGUAAUAAUCUACUGCAUAAUUACGCAGUAAUUGAUAAAAAAUUGGAAUUGAAACAAACAUUUCAUGCAAACAAAUCUCCUAUAAAAUUUAUGGAACGUGUUUCGAAUCAUUUGUUAGCUGCUUCGGAUGAUGGUGAAGUUAGUGCCUGGAAGCAUGAUAAAUAUGGUGUUUUGCAAUUGUCUCAUCGUCUCAAUGUCUGCACAGAUAUGCCGUCAAAGAAUAAUAGUAAUAAUAGCAACGUGGAAGAAUCAUAUUAUUUAACCAGCUUUUUCAUGUUCUACGCUGGUUAUGAUCCCUUGAAAUUUGAACCAACACUGCACGAUCCAACUAUUGAAACAAUCAAUAAAUUGAUGAUAUCUAAUGCUGAUAAUCAAUAUAUUGAAUCUGAUGACCAAGUGAAGGAUCCGGAUUCUGAAGUCACUACACUUAGUGGAUGUAACAUGUCAAGUAGUAAUAGUUAUGUAACAGGUUCUGAUCAAGAAAUUUAUGAAUGUGGUUACAAAUUACAUGUUGAUAUUGAGGAGGAAAGUAAAGCAUAUUCACUUGCUACUGAUUAUCUGAAAGAUGAACAAUUUCAUUUGUUGAAUUCAUGUAAAAAGGGAUACAUAGUUUAUCGAGACACAUCAUAUGAUGCAAAGUAUCGUAUAGUAUAUGGUGUUAAAUUCUCAUGCAAUAAAUCAUCUGAUAGCUCACAAGUUAUUCAGGAUUUUUGUUAUCGAAUAUUUGCACCAAACAUUCUACAAUAUCGUGGUACAUUGAAAGGACAUUCAGGUUUUGUUCCAUGUGCAUUGACCUCUGCAUGUACCACUAAUAGUGAUGAAGAUUGUAUAGUUGCCAGUGCAUCUGGUCGAACUGUGUGUGAUGUCGGUUGUGAUGUUCGUCUUUGGAGUAUGCCGUUGAAAAGAAAACUAUUGAAUUAUCAACCAAAUCAACAUUCUGGACCGAUCACAUGUUUGGGCCAAUUAAAAAUUACAGAUCACUACAGUAUUUGUAUAUCUGGUUGUAUAGAUGGGAGUGUAAUGUUUUGGUCAGUUAAGAAUUCCGAGCCGUUGGAUCUAAAAAAUGUGUCAGUUGCAGACAAGUCUGUACAAUGGAAACCCUUAUUACAUGCGUUUUGUUCAGCGUUACGACCAAAGUAUGCAAUAUCUGAUAUUUCUACACAAACUUAUGUAAUGGAUGAGUCAAAACCGACAGUGCAAUAUUUGAUUUAUAUUGCUUACGGUGAAAAUUUAUGGAGAAUGCGAAUUAUAUUGAAUCAGUCAAAUAUGUCUAUGAAUGAUAUACAAAAUACUUUUGAACGAUUGUUCUCUAUGAAUGGGAAAACAGAAUUAUGUUUUUCAGAAUUAGAUGUAUUCUGGUCAUCUGAAUCAGAUAUUCCUUGUUCUGAUAUUGUUUGCUUCACUGCAAGUCAUCCCAUUGUAAAAAUAUCUCCACGUUAUGCUAAACCUAAUCAUUUAGAACAAUGUGAAAUUAUUGCUGUCCUUGUCAAUGGUGAUGUAAUUGUUGUAACAAGUAAUGAACGUGAAAACUUUUUAUUUGAUCAAUGUACUGUACAAAAUGGUUUAUGGUGCUCAUCAAUAGGUACCAAUGAUGCUGGAAUUUUCACUACACGUUCAGGCAUGGCUUUUGUAUGCAAACACACUGAUGAAAGUCGUACAUUUCGUCGUAUUUCAGGAUACAUGGGAUCAUGUGAAAAAGAAAUGUGGAUAAAUUCAUUGAGUGUUCUACGUACCGUACUAGCAGAAGGAGGUCAUUUCUUGUAUUUGGCUGAAUGUCAUCUUAUCAAUUGUUGGAAAAUUCUCAUUUGUAAUGAAAAUGGUGAUUUGGUGACAGAUUUUACACUUGAUAAUUCAUCAAUAAAAGUCACUGGAUAUUGUGCGAAAUUGCUAUCACUGACUGAAGACAAUUGUUCAACAUUAAUCUAUCUUAUAAUUUCAACAUCAGAUAAUAUUUUACAUGUUCUAAGAUGUACAAUAAACAAUCCAAUCACAGUGGUGAAUUCAAACCAGUGGAAACAAGUUGCUAUGUAUCCAGUUGAAACAGAAAUUACUCAACUUUAUACUCUUGAUGAUAGUCAAUUAAAAAUUCUUGCCGGUGAUAGACAAGGACAAAUUCAUUAUUUCGUGCUAUUGUGA